AUGCUUGCCAGCCCUAGAGGAGUGAAGAACAUUAUUAACACCGAUGUGAAGCAACAUUUCAACCACAGCUUGAGAGACAACACUGAAUUUCCUAGCAAAUGGCCCGCCGAGUCCAGCAUCCCGGGAUACCGCGAUUUCAUGGAAGAGCUUUUGGUCAAGGGCCACACGGUCGGGCGCGAGGUACUGCAGAACCUGGAGGUAGGCCUCAGCCUGCGCCCAGGUGAGCUGCUAGAACGCUGUUGCGAAGCUCCUAUCAUUGAUGAGCUCUGCAUAAACUACUACGCGCCAAUCUCGACAGAGAAGCUUAACAUGGGGAAAUACCGUCGCGCGUAG